AUGAAAUGGGAUAGUUUUCAAGAGAAAGAAGAGAGAGGACCUCCUGAAUAUAGAUAUGAUUAUUAUUUUCCAAGAGGUUGUUAUGGAUUUGGGUUAAAUAUAAAAAAAUAUGGAGACAAUGAAGAUUGGUUAUUAAUGAAUGGUAACGCGAAUGAAUGGAGGAUUAUGUACCAUGGUACAAAGCAACAUUGCGUUAGUUCAAUUGUGAAAAAUAAUCUAAAAACUGGUUAGAGAAAUCAUUAUUCAGAUGAUUUCUGUGUUGAUGAAUUCAAAAACCAAGUGAAAGUAAGAAAUGGAAUUUAUUUUUCGAAUAAUUUUAAUGUUUGUAUUAAUGAUGGAUAUGCUGACUAUACUUAAGUUUGUAAUAAAAAAUUUGCUGUAAUCCUCAUGUCAAGAGUCAAUCCAAGAAAGAUUAGAUAAAGUGAGAGGAUGAAAAGUGUUCACUAUUUUGUGGUAAAUGACUCAAAAGAUGUUAGACCUUAUAGAAUUUUAAUACAUGAAAAAAAAUGA